CGGCGACCUACUGCCACACUAAAAACUGCGACAAAAAGUUGCCACGAAGAACAGAACUUAUUUGUUGGCAGAAUAUAAAUCGGGGUUUCCAAAGCGUCGCUUAAGUCAGAUCCCUGUUCCGGAUUCGAGCUUGACCUGAACGAAAUCAAACGAUGGGCUCGAGCCACAGCAUCCAUGUUCCCGGCGGCGGCACCGAAGGCUACCACGUACUCAAGGUGCAGGACAACUCGCCGGGCCAAAAGGCCGGACUGGAGGCCUUCUUCGACUUCAUCGUCGCAAUAGCCGGCACACGCUUGGACCAGGACAAUGACAUGCUGAAGGAGCUGCUUCGCCAGAACGUUGACAAGCCGGUGCGGCUCACCGUCUACUCCAGCAAGACGCAGACGGUCCGCGAACUGACCCUCACGCCGAGCAACAACUGGGGUGGCCAAGGGCUGCUGGGCGUCAGCAUACGGUUCUGCUCCUUCGAGGGCGCCAACGAGAGCGUCUGGCACAUACUCGAAGUACAUCCCAAUUCGCCAGCUGAACUCGCGGGACUGCGAGCCUACAGCGACUACGUGAUUGGGGCAGAUGCCAUACGGCACGAGAACGACGACCUGUUCACGCUGAUCGAAACGCACGAGCAGCAGCCGCUGAAAAUGUACGUUUACAACCUGGACGAUGACGCCUGCCGCGAGGUGACCAUCAAGCCGAAUACCGCCUGGGGUGGCGAGGGAGCACUGGGCUGCGGCAUUGGCUUCGGCUAUCUGCAUCGUAUUCCCGUGCAGGCAGAGCCAGUGACCAGCAGCUCAGCUGCUGCUCCUGCUGCUGCCUCCGCGGAGUCCUCUGCUCCACUGCUGACUGCCGGAGGAGCGGCACCGGCUGUUGCUCAAGCAGCCCAUGCAGGAUCCGCAGUGGUCUCACCAACGUUGCCUUACAUACCGCCACUGGCCAACACCUUUGGAUCGACAAACGCCGAGGUUAGGCCACCGACCAUUGAGCCACCGGCACAACAGAGCUUGUUCAAGACCUACUUCAAUCCGGAUGAGGCUACCGAUGCCCUAACCGCUGCGCUCGAAUCGCAGGCCACCAUUGCCGAGCCCGUUUCCGUUCCCGCUCCGCCGGCGGUGGCUGACGUGUCCGUGGCGCAACCACAGGUUCAGGUGCCCGCACCAGCGCAACCAAUGCCGCCGCCAGCCAACAUCUUUAUACCCGGCGUUUUCGAUCCCAGUACGCAGCAAAAUGCUACUCUAGGUGGCAUACCCGCUGCCCAGCUGCCAUUUCCACAGGCCACGGCAGCGCCUGUGCCCAUGUUCUCUGCACCACAGCAGGCCUACAUGUCGGCCCCGGCUGCCCUCUCCUAUCCAGCCGGUGCCCAGACAGUGCCGUCGUAUCCGCAGGUGCAACCCUCCAUGGGCGGACUGUUUCCCACGCAGCCAACGCCGUUGCCGCCGCAGAUGGCCCAUGUGUUUGCGCCACCAGUACCACCGCAGGCUGUCGCUGCUCCGGCGCAAGGCAAUGAUGAAUUAGCCGGACCGGCAGUGAAUCAGGCUGGAAACUAAGACUUCAACUGGGCUAAUGGACCAACUGCUAAACCUGGACAAAUUGUCGUUAAGCUUUUAUUAUCGAGAAUCAUCUGAUUGUUUUGUAUGAUUGCGUUAGCAGAUAUCACAAGCGGCGCAAUUCGGUUGGCCAGCUGCAUGCAAAGAUGUGUACAUUGCAUUCAUAAUAAUAAUCUAAAUUAAUUAUAACAAUAAAUCAAUAAAAAUAUA